AUGGGAUUUCAGCAGCUGGUUGAAUUGCUUGUGUUGCAGCUCUAUGGGGAGUACCAGGAGCACCACGGAGGUUCAGGACGUCGUGAGGCCACAAGGCUUUUGACCGAGAGACAAAUCAAGAAACAUGGCGCCCGCGGACUGGGACGGAAGCACGGGGGUCUGGGCCGCCGCAGCCACGGGCAGAACGGCUUCCAGAGCCGCUACAGCCGCUACCGCAGCCGGCGAACGUCCAACAUGGAGAGUCCACCAGCGGAGGAGCAGUCCAACAUGGAGACUCCACCAGCAGAGGAGCAGCUGGAACUAGAGCUGCAAAACAAGUGCUCCUUCUCCAAAUGCAGAGACUGCGUUUGUCGGGUGCAGCGCUUCCUGGUAACGCGGCUUGGAGAAGACUGGAUCUUCCUGGUUCUUCUGGGCCUCACCAUGGCCCUGGUGAGCUGGACCAUGGACUAUGCCAGUGCCAAGAGCCUGCAAGCGUACAAGUGGAUCUAUGGAGAGUUGAAAGGGAACCUCCCCCUGCAGUAUGUGGCCUGGGUUUCUUACCCGCUCCUCUUCAUCCUGUUCUCUUCACUCUUCUGUCACCUUGUUUCUCCUCAAGCCAUCGGGUCCGGAAUCCCAGAGCUGAAGACCAUUCUGAGGGGAGUGGUGCUGAAGGAGUAUCUGACACUGAAGGCAUUUGUGGCUAAAGUGAUCGGCCUCACGAUGGCUCUGGGGAGCGGUAUGCCUGUGGGGAAAGAGGGGCCGUUUGUUCACAUCGCCAGCAUCUGUGCCGCUGUCCUCAGCAGAGUCAUGUCCAUAUUCUCAGGAGUUCAGCAGAACCCGUACUGUUACACAGACAUCCUUACUGUGGGCUGUGCGGUGGGAGUGGGCUGCUGCUUCGGGACUCCGCUCGGGGGAGUGCUGUUCAGUAUUGAGGUGACGUCCACGUACUUUGCGGUCAGAAACUACUGGAGAGGAUAUUUCGCAGCUACAUUCAGUGCCUUCAUCUUCAGAGUCUUAUCCGUGUUCAAUAAAGACGCAGUGACCAUAACGGCUCUGUUCAGGACUAAGUUUCGUAUGGACUUCCCGUUUGACCUCCAAGAGCUGCCUGCCUUUGCCAUCAUUGGGAUCUUCUGUGGAUUCCUCGGAGCUUUCUUCGUUUAUCUGAACAGACAAGUGGUUCUGUUCAUGAGACGACCCAACGCCAUGACCCGCUUCCUCACCAAACAUCGCCUGCUGUUCCCCGCUGUGGUCACGUUGGUCAUCUCCUCCCUCACCUUCCCUCCUGGAUUCGGGCAGUUCAUGGCAGGAGAGAGUUUUACGGUACAAUGUGUGAAACUGGAGAAGAGCACACUGUGGGCAAAGAGCACACUGUGGGAGAAGAUCACACUGUGGGAGAAGAUCACACUGUGGGAGAAGAUCACACUGUGGGAGAAGAUCACACUGUGGGAGAAGAUCACACUGUGGGAGAGGAUCACACAGUGGGAGAGGAUCACACAGUGGGAGAGGAUCACACAGUGGGAGAGGAUCACACAGUGGGAGAGGAUCACACAGUGGGAGAGGAUCACACAGUGGGAGAGGAUCACACAGUGGGAGAAGAUCACACUGUGGGAGAAGAUCACACAGUGGGAGAAGAUCACACUGUGGGAGAAGAGAGGAUCACACAGUGGGAGAAGAUCACACAGUGGAGAGGAUCACACAGUGGGAGAAGAUCACACAGUCACACUGUGGGAGAGGAUCACACAGUGGGAGAGGAUCACACAGUGGGAGAAGAUCACACAGUGGGAGGAUCCCCAAACUGUGAUUGGUCCCAUGUUGUAG